AGAUACAGCCACAAUGUCGUCCUCCAAGAAGACUAUCCUCCUCACCGGUGCCUCUCGUGGCAUUGGCCUUGCAAUCGCAAACUACCUCCUCAAGGCCGAACACAACCUCGUACUGGUAUCUCGGACAGCCGAGCCUUUGCAGAAGCUCGAAUCGCAAUAUCCACAGCAAGUCGCCGUACUCGCAAAGUCGUUGUCCGAGGCCGAAGUAUCCCAAUCCGCCGUCGAUCUUGCUCUUUCUCGAUUCUCGCGGCUUGACGGCGUUAUCGUCAACCACGGCGUGCUCGAUCCAGUGCAGCGUGUUGUGGACACGUCGGAUGCCGAAUUCCGAGAGUCGUGGAAUGUGAACUUCUUCUCGGCGGUAGCGAUCGCAAGGGCGGCAGUGCCUGAGCUGAGAAAGACCAAAGGUGCCUUGAUUUUGGUGUCGUCUGGUGCGGCGACGAGCGCGUAUACUGGAUGGGGAGCGUACGGUGGUGCGAAGGCUGCGGUGAACCACUUGGCUGCGACGCUUGGGCGGGAGGAGCCUGAUGUCGUGAGCCUGGCAAUACGCCCAGGUGUGGUUGAUACGGACAUGCAGAAGGACAUUAGAGAGAAGCACAGUGGUGGCAUGGAUGCAGGAGAUUCGAAGAAGUUUGCAGAAUUGAAGAGCAGUGGUGGACUGCUGAAGCCGGAGCAGCCAGGACAUGUCAUGGCAAAGCUGGUUCUCAAUGCGCCGAAGGGAUUGAGCGGACAGUUCUUGACGUGGAAUGCGGAGGAACUGAAUACGUUUCAAGAGUGA